UGGCGCAUGAGGAAAUGUUGCUUUUUCGUCGUAUGCGUAUACGCCAGAUGCUCGUAAGAAGGUCGAACUCUUUAGUGUCCAUCCAUAAGCUGAUAUGAAGUUGAAAAAUCUCGAAAAUGGAUCUAAUUAAGCUAAUGGGCUACAAAUAUGCUGGAAUGAAUUUCCUGGUAGCGCUGUGGUUAGCUGUCCGAAGCAUCGCUCAUCUAGGAUCGCCAUACGAAAACGACUUGGGACUGGCGCUGGAGAUUGUCUUAUGCUUACUUUGGACGGCAUUCUGUGUGCUGUUAAUCAUUGGAAUUUACAAGGAUAUUUCCAAGCAUGUCCACAAAUACUUGCUCUUUGUCAGAUUUCGAAGUCUGUGCGUGUUUUUGUAUCUGUCGAGUAUUUCUGUAAACAUGAUGGUUGAUUUGGGACAUUCGGAAUCCAUUCCAAGGAUGCUGGUGAUCGGCAUUUUGAUUCUAGUUGUUUUAGCAUUAAUUGUCGGAAUUUUCUUCUUCGAGCUGUGGGCCCUUGAACAUUUCAAAAAGUAUAUUGAAUCUAAGCGGGAGUCAAUGGAACCAUUUUCCUAAUUAUCGAUAACGAACUAUCAAUUUAAUCUAAGUAUUGUUACUUUUGAUUGAAAUUUUAACUCUACUAGCUAGUGAGCACAAAAGUUGCCAUCAGAACAUGAGAAAAGAUUGUUUU